CCGCGUGCGAGAAGGUGGAGAGCGCGAGCAGAGAAGAGGAUGUGGGAUAGUCACGCGCUCAGGGCGGCGGUGCACGAGCGGAUGCGCGCAGCCGGCGAAGAGAUCCUGCGGCUGGUCGACGGCAAGGAUGCGCACGCGCACCGCGUGCUGCGACGGCGGCUGCGCGCGGCGGCGGAGGAGCUGUGCGACCUGUUCGAGGAGCAGCACCGCCGCCGCCUCCCGCAGCCGGAAGUCCGCCUGGACAGAACAGAACCCUCGGAACGGGAAGAGUUUGGAAUUCCACCCGGUAACUCGGCAAGCCGGCACGUACCAGAGCCAGCCACAGAGGAACCUUGGGGAUUCCCACCCCUCGGAGAUCCAGACACCAACAGUGAUCAUCAGUCCCUUCCUUCAGUCAACACUGAAGUUCAGACGGACAGCCCUGAUGACCUGGACAGUGUUGAUGAUUGUAGGGAGACCGGAGGAUGUCUGGGUCUGAGGACAAAGAGGAGAAAGGCAUUGAAAGGAUACGGACUCCGCAUCAAGAAUCGACAGAGACGACCCGGCCCGGUGGUCUGUCACAUCUGUACAGUUUGUGGAAAGUCCUUCCAGGGAAAAGGCUUCCUGUUGAAGCAUGUGUUGAAGACAUGCUCCAAGGACCCAGAGAGCCGCUGUGGCGUGUGUGGGGAAUGUUUCAGGUCUAUAGAGGAGCUGGACCUCCACCUCCAGAAACACAGAGAAACCAGCAAGACCUGCACCUUCUGUGGGAAAACGUUUCGGUCCAUUCUGGCCCAGGAACUCCACGUCAGGCACCACACGGGGGAGAAACCGUACAGCUGCGAGUUCUGCAGCAAAACGUUCAGUCAGAAGGGGAACAUGGCCUCGCACAUGCGUGUCCACAUCGCAGAAAAACCUUUCAAAUGCACAAGCUGUGACAAGGCCUUCUACCACUUGGCUUCUUUGGAUAGACACCUGAAAGUCCACUCCAGUGAAGGGUCAUUCAGGUGUACCCUGUGCGGAGAAGAGUUUGUUAAAGGGCAAAAUUUCAAGAGGCACAUGAAAAGUCACCCGAGAGAGAGUGGCGGCAGGGUGAAGGCGGGGAAUGCAGCUCUGUCUCACAGCUGUAAAGCAUGCGGAGAAGGAUUUGCUCGGAAGUCCUCUCUGGUGAAACAUGUGGAGAGCCAUUUGAGGGAACCGGCAUGCUGCUGUGGUCUCUGUGGACACCAGUACGAGACCAAUGACUUGCUGCUAAUGCACCUGCAGUCCCACCGAGAACUGAACCACACCUGCCAUAUUUGUGGGAAAGGCUUUAUAUCACAUGCAGCGCUGGAAAUGCACAUGAGAGUCCACACAGGGGAGAAGCCGUACACCUGCAGCAUCUGUGGCAAAGCCUUCAAUCAGAAUGGAAAUCUGAAAACACACAUGAAAAUCCACUCGGGCGAGAGACCCUUUACCUGUGGUAUCUGUGGCAAAGGCUUUACCCAGAAACACACUCUGGACACACACGUGAGGUUCCACAAGAAGGAGCGAGUGUACCUCUGCCAGGUCUGUGGUAAAGGCUUCAUGCAGGACGUCGACCUGAAGAGACACAUUUUAAUCCAUACGGGCGAGAAGCCGUACCGCUGCCAAGUGUGUGACAAAAGUUUCCAAGCAAAAAGGUCGCUGAACUUGCAUGUGAAAGUCCACUUGGGGGAGGUGCCAGGAAAGGACAUGGCCUGAGAGUCCACCAUUGGGGUUCACCCGGUUGCCAAGCUCAUGGGAGAAAUCUGUUGGAUGCAUCCAUGAAAGGUGACAUACUGCUCCCUGUGGAGGAGACAUUAGAGGAACUACAGCAGCCGGUCUCUGAUUCACACCUUCAGCCGGAGAGAGGAUGCAAUGAGCGAGAAACGGCAGACUAUGACUGCCAUGGAUUUGGACCUUUGUUCUAGGUAGCACAGUAUAAUUAACGGCUGUUUUCCAAUAACAAGUAGUUCCUCCUUUAUUUGGAUUGAGAAAUGGAUUCUAAACACAUGUUGAUUCGCUGUGUGUUGAGCCUCAGCAGUCGAGUUAGAUUUUAAACAAGUAAAGCAUGACUUAAUGUUUGACUAUUUUUGAUAGGAAUUAGCAUGGCUAGCUCCGUCCUAAAUAGCCUGCUCUGUGUCUGGUACUGGGGAUAAUGCAGUCGUAGGUUUUGUACCAGCACCAGCUGAUCAGGCCCGUUUUAACCCCGGCAGCGGACACCGAGCAGACUGCUCUUCUAAAACAAAUCAACUUGUCAAUGCCAAACUAGAUUAAACGACAAUAC